AUGGCUUCUAUCCAUGCUGGCCUGCCGGUUCCUCGACCAAGCCGCCGGCGUGUAUCUUUCUAUCCGCAAGGCGGCGUAUCUCGCAUGCCAGGACGUUGGAAGAGAGUGGUUUUACCCAAAGAGCUGCCAAGCCUUCGAGAGGGAAGCACCGAGACUCCCACAGACCAACAGCCGGAAACCCUGCCAGUCGAGAUCAAGCCCAGCUCAGAACCUUCAACCGAGUGUGAUUACAAUGUCGCGCCUGCUUUCCACUUUGCUCCGCCCAGAGUGCACAAUCUCUCAGAAAGCACCGUCUCGUAUCACCAAGAAGACGACCUUGUUGAAAUGAUGAAGUACUCCCUUCACUUGGCGACACAAGCUCCUUCCAUCAUGUCAAAGGAGGAUGCAGCUUCCAAGGUUCGAGAUACCUCGUCAUCAUACGGGUCCAAGGAUGAUGAUCUAGUCCGGGCCAGGUCCCCAGCGUCACCACCAAGCCUGAACACGCUCAAUGAAACAAACCUUUCAAGAUACAGCGAAGGAAAUGACCAGCUCUCUAACCUACACUCGAGCCCACGCCCAAACUCACCUUGUUCUACCAUACACGACGCUGCUGCUGAAGAGGCAGCUGCUACCGUUAAUGAGUGGAAGUCAGAGCCCCGUCCAGAAAUUACCACAUAUGAUCAGCUUGACCUGGACAAGGGCGAAGAAGAGGAAGAGGUCCUGCCAUCCGAUUCUGCCUCUCAAUGUCGCGCUCCACCCGAAGUGAUUCAAAGGUGCCCAAAGUGCCAAUGCAGCAGCCGGGCCACGUUCGAAAGCACCCGUGCAAUCAAAAGUCAAUACGACGGAGGCGGUGACGCCGCCGGUUUCGAAAGCCCUCAGUUUGGCACCAAGCUACAUCCCAUCAACUUUGGGGACAAAUUUGGCCAGAAACGAAAGCCGUCAGCCAGGUCUCUCAAGGGCAUCUCGAGCCAGAUCCCGAAAAAGGCCAAGAGGUUCAAAAGCUUUGCUAAUGGCAUUAUUCAAGAAGGCACUAUUCGGUUCAACAAGCUCAAAUCAAAGUUAAAGAAGCAGAAUGAACACAGCAGAUCAAAUUUCGAAGCAUGGAAGGCUAAUCGUCGGCGGGCACGGCCAGGUGAUCCAAUCAAAGGGAAACCUCAACCAAGCUAUGCCAUGUUUAACCUAGAGAAGAGUGUCCACGGCAACAAGGAUGAGUGGUGGAAAGAGGGCGUUCGUCGUUAUCGUGCACCUUCGUGGAUGGUGUUCGGGACCGGAGCUCAAGCCGCGGUAUAA